AUUCUCAUAUUCAACACUAGCAGCUUCGCUUGCGUCGGGUGAGGGAGUUUUUCCCGAGCACUUUUAAUGUUCUUUAAAACGUAAACAUAUUUUCAUAUGUUAUUCAGAAAAUAGGUUUACGUUCUAAGGAUCAUUAAAUAAAGUCCGACGUUGUUCGGACCAGCACAGGUUGUGUAUUUUAUUUCUUAUCUGUUAAUAAAAGCGAGGUUUGUUGAUCAGCCAUGCCGCCGGUGCAGAUCUCUCAGCCGGAGGCCAACAACAAGGCCGAAGAGCAGAAGGAAGAAACUCCGGCCACUAAACCCAUCGUGGGGAUCAUCUACCCUCCUCCUGAAGUGCGCAACAUCGUGGACAAGACCGCCAGCUUCGUAGCGAGGAACGGGCCCGAGUUUGAAGCGAGGAUUCGUCAGAACGAGAUCAACAACCCCAAGUUUAAUUUCCUGAACCCCAGCGACCCGUACCAUGCCUACUACCGCCACAAGGUCAAUGAGUUCAGAGAGGGCAAAGGUCAGGAGCCGUCGGCUGCCGUGCCUAAGGUCAUGCAGCAGGCCAUGCAGCAGUCUCAGCAGCAGCUUCCGCAGAAGGUCCAGGCGCAGGUCAUCCACGAGACGGUUGUUCCCAAGGAGCCUCCGCCCGAGUUCGAGUUCAUGGCCGACCCGCCCUCCAUCUCGGCCUUCGACCUGGACGUGGUGAAGCUGACGGCUCAGUUCGUGGCGCGUAACGGCCGCCAGUUCCUCACGCAGCUCAUGCAGAAGGAGCAGAGAAACUACCAGUUCGACUUCCUGCGUCCUCAGCACAGCCUCUUUAACUACUUCACCAAACUGGUGGAACAGUACACCAAGAUCCUGAUUCCUCCGAAAGGACUGCUGCAGAAACUGAAGCGAGAGGCGGAGAAUCCCCGCGAGGUCCUCGAUCAGGUGAAGUACCGAGUGGAGUGGGCCAAGUACCAGGAGCGAGAGAGGAAGAAAGAGGAGGAGGAGAGAGAGAAGGAGCGCGUGGCGUACGCUCAGAUCGACUGGCACGACUUCGUCGUCGUGGAGACGGUCGACUUCCAGCCCAACGAGCAAGGUAACUUCCCUCCUCCCACCACUCCGGAGGAACUGGGAGCUCGCAUCCUGAUCCAGGAGCGCUACGAGAAGUACGGAGAGAGCGAGGAGGUGGAGAUGGAGGUGGAGAGCGAGGACGAGGAGGACGUGCGAGAGACCAGGGACGAGGGACACGCGGCUCAGCCGGACCAGGACACACAGCUGCAGGACAUGGACGAGGGUUCGGAUGAAGAGGAGGACACGAUGAAGGCUCCACUUCCUCCUGAAAACCCCAUGCCUCCGCCUCUGCCUCCGACUCCAGACCAGGUCAUCAUCCGCAAAGACUACGACCCCAAGGCCUCUAAGACUCAGAUCGUCGUGCCGCCUGGUGACGAGUUCCUCAUCUCUCCGAUCACGGGUGAGAAGAUCCCGGCCAGUAAGAUGCAGGAGCACAUGCGCAUCGGGCUGCUGGACCCGCGCUGGCUGGAGCAGCGAGACCGCAACCUCCGAGAGCGACAGAUCGAAGAGGAGGUGUACGCUCCCGGCCUGGACAUCGAGAGCAGCCUGAAGCAGCUGGCCGAGAGAAGAACGGAUAUCUUCGGUGUGGAAGAAACCGCCAUCGGUAAGAAGAUCGGAGAGGAGGAGAUCCAGAAACCUGAGGAGAAGGUGACGUGGGACGGUCACUCGGGCAGCAUGGCGCGUACGCAGCAGGCCGCUCAGGCGAACAUCACGCUGCAGGAGCAGAUCGAAGCCAUCCACAAAGCCAAAGGCCUGGUGCAGGAGGACGAGACCAAGGAGAAGAUCGGACCCAGCAAACCCAACGAGGCCGCGCCCCCGCCGCUGCCCACCACCGUGCCCACGCUGCCCAAACCCAGCCCUCCCAUCAGCACCGCCCCCAGAGCGCCACCUGCAGUUACUCCUCAGGUGCGCACCACCCUGCUCUCCGCCGUGCCCGUUAUCCCGAGGCCCCCCAUGGCCCCCGUGGUGCGCUUGGCCCCCGGUCAGGUCCUGACCCCGAUGCCCCCCAUGGUGCACGCUCCUCGCAUCAACGUGGUGCCGAUGCCCCCGGCCGCGCCCCACAUCAUGGCUCCCCGACCUCCACCCAUGGUGGUGCCUGCAGCGUUCGUACCUGCCCCUCCGGUGCCCCAGCCACCCAGCACUGCCCCCGCCCCCAUGCCUCCUGCCCACCCUCCUGCCCCACACGAGGACGAACCGGUCAGCAAGAAGAUGAAGACGGAGGACAACCUGAUCCCGGAGGACGAGUUCCUGCGCAGAACCAAGGGUCCCGUGGCGGUUAAGGUUCAGGUUCCCAACAUGCAGGAUAAGACUGAAUGGAAGCUGAACGGACAAGUACUGAACUUCACACUGCCGCUCACAGACCAGGUGUCUGUCAUAAAGGUUAAGAUCCACGAGGCCACCGGGAUGCCGGCCGGCAAACAGAAACUUCAGUACGAGGGGAUUUUCAUCAAGGACUCCAACUCUCUGGCCUACUACAACAUGAACAACGGAUCUGUUAUUCACCUGGCACUGAAGGAGAGAGGAGGGAGGAAGAAGUAGAUCAUCCCUCUCUCUCUCUCUCUCUCUCUCUCUGUAUCUCUCUCUCUCUCUCUCUCUCUCUCUCUCUCUGUAUCUCUCUCUCACUCUCUCUCUCUCUGUAUCUCUCUCUCACUCUCUCUCUCUCUGUCUGUCUCUGUUUGUCUCUCUCUGUCUCUGUAUCUUUCUCUCUCUUUCUCUCCACUCUCUUUCUCUCUCGCUCUCUCUCUCUUUGUAUCUCUCUAUAUAUCUCUCUCUCUGUCUCGCUUUCUCUCUGUAUCUCUCUCUCUCUAUUUCUUUCUCUGUGUCUGUCUCUGUCUCUCCACCCACUCUUUCUUGCUGUAUCUCUCUCUCUCUCUGUCUCUCUUUCUUUCUGUAUCUCUCUCUCUGUAUCUCUCUCUCUCUCUGUCUCUCUUUCUCUAUCUCUCUCUCUAUCUUUCUCUCUUUUUCUCUCCACCCACUCUCUCUCUCUCUCUCUCUCUCUCUCUCUCUCUCUCUCUCUCUCUGUGUUUCUCAAAUUCAGAUGAGCUUUAUUGGCAUGACAGAUUGUACAAUGCCAAAGCAUUUAUAUGGGCAAGGAAUAAAACCUGAACAGAGAACAAAUGAUAAGAUUAACGAAGAAAAGAAAAAAUAAAGUAGUCUCUCUCUCUCUCUCUCUCUCUCUCUCUCUCUCUCUCUCUCUCUCUCUCUCCCCCCCUCCCUCUCUCCCCCCCACUCCUUGAAGCAGUUAUACACUCUCAUACUAAACAAAUACAAUAAUCUGAAUCCAGACGUGUGUGAUGUGUUAGUGUUGUAGCAGUAAAUGAGCGUUUGUGUGAAUUACGCAGCUCAGAAUAAAUAAGCGCAGUGUAGAAGUUUUUUUUUGUUUGUUUUUUUUUUUGAGAAUCUUUUAGGCUGAAUAAUUUUCCUUUCACAGCUGAAACUCUGCUUUGCUGAAAGGCUGAUUUGAUGUUUCAAUAAAUUUGGUUAUAAUCUGA